GAUUUAAAACAAAAUGGCGACGGGAUAUACAUCCAUACAAUUUUUAACAAAAACUUACUAAAACGGAUCGACAUGAAGCGGCUACAUAAGGAUUAUGUCAUAUUUGGAUUAAACACAUAGAAAAAUGAAACAAUAUCGUUUCAGUAUUUUCAUUGCAGUUUUUAUCUUUGCUAGUUAUUCAGGAUCUUCUGCGACCUCUUGUUCUGCCUAUACAUACUUCGGUGCUACCGGCAGUGGGGAUUGGAUUACUGCGGACCCUUCCGACACCACAUAUAACUACUUUAAUUAUCACGACUACUUCGAUCAAGCUUUUAGUAAUAAUGGCUAUGAUUAUGGAACUAAGCAAAGUAUAUAUGUAGUGAAUGAUACUCGCUAUACCAUCGACUGUUGUGGGGUCGUAGAACAAUGGACCGUGGCCGUUUUUUGGCCUGGAGAUGUGAAUAUGCAAAUAUGGACUCCCGUGUCUGGAUACGAAUACAGCCUACGAGGGGAAAAUGUUAUCACUGUUAAUUAUCAAUAUACAAAUGGAUAUGAUACAGCACUGGUUGUUGAUGGUGCAUCUGAUCAAAUUCCUGUUAGAAAUGGAGAUGUCAUAGGCUGGUAUUCUCCGGGGGAUCAAAAUAUAAUUAAAUACGACUUAGACUGUACCAACACCCUCGGUUAUAAUGAUGAUUGCAUUUCACCCUCAAAUUAUUUCGAAAAAGAUGACAGUUCUGCUUUAUCGGUUGGAGGUUCUGUCGCGUUUGCCGGGCCAGCUGCUCUGUGGGGGAGUUCACCUUGGAUACAAAGGAACUUCGGAGUAAUGGUUGAAGUUGGUCCAAGUGAACCUCCAACAUUCCAAAAUGUACCUAACACAACAAGCAUUGAGGAUAAUUCUGCAUCAGGGACUGUAAUAUUCACUGCAAAUGCGGUAGAUGCAAACACCCUAGAGACGCUCACGAUGACGAUAUCACCAACAACGUACUUUGCAAUAAAUGGAUCGAACGGUGAAGUAACUGUUGACAGUGCACUGACUACAGGCACCUAUGUGUUGACGAUACAAGUCAGUGAUGAUUGCAAUGAUGUCAGUGCCGAUUUAACGGUUACCGUAACAGCUUUUGAUGAUUGUGCAUCAUCCCCUUGUCUUAACGGAGCGACGUGCAACGAUGCAUAUUUGGCAUACACAUGCACAUGUGCAGCAGGAUACACUGGAGGUGAUUGUCAAACAGAUAUUGAUGAAUGCGCACCAACUCCAUGUCAAAAUGGAGGGACGUGUACAGAUGGCAUUAACACUUACACAUGUAACU